AUGAACCCCCACUUAUUUCCACGUGCACCAACUCUCUCAUACAGUUCAGUUCGAACUCGGGAGUCAAGCAUGGAGCAACUCCACAACAAAGACUGGGUUAAAAGUCUUUGGACUUCUUGUAAAGAGAAAAGUGGGCACGAUAGCCUGUGGAGCAGAGUGUCCGAGAUGGUGGGUUACUUCAACCAAGAAGAAGGUAGGAACGAACCCUUACCCGUAGGUGCUGACUGUACCUUGAGUCCACUGUUACCCCCCGGAGAACCCAAUAAGGAGGAAGCCAAGAGAGUCGUGUGCAGUCCGGAUCUACCGGUAGUGUUUCAGCCAGCACCGUCUGAAGAAGCGCCUCCUGACUCCAGCACCGCAGAAACCUUCAAUUGUUCAUUCUGCCAGAAAAGCUUCUCCCAGAAGAAUGCUUACCAAAAUCAUUUAAAAACCCAUACUAAAGAUGGAGAAGAUCCUUAUCAGUGCAAUUUUUGUGGAAAGACGUUCGCGGUCCCUGCUCGUCUCACUCGUCAUUACCGAACACACACUGGAGAAAAACCUUACCAAUGUGAAAUAUGCAAGAAAUCCUUUUCAGUUAAGGAAAACUUGAGUGUUCAUAGAAGGAUCCACACGAAGGAACGUCCAUACAAGUGUGACAUAUGUGAGCGUGCCUUCGAACAUAGCGGGAAACUCCACAGGCACAUGAGGAUACAUACAGGAGAGCGGCCGCACAAGUGUGUGGUGUGCAACAAAACGUUUAUACAAAGUGGACAGUUGGUAAUUCAUAUGCGUACGCAUACAGGAGAGAAACCUUACGUUUGCAAGGACUGUGGUAAAGGAUUCACUUGUUCAAAGCAGCUCAAAGUCCAUAACCGUACCCAUACCGGUGAGAGACCCUACUCCUGUGAAAUUUGUGGCAAGUCCUUCGGUUACAACCAUGUACUCAAGUUACAUCAGGUUGCUCAUUAUGGAGAAAAGGUUUACAAGUGUACCAUCUGCAAUGAGACAUUUACAUCGAAAAAAUCUAUGGAGGGACACAUUAAAAGCCAUUCAGAAAACCAAGGACGAGAAGGUGGAGGAAGCGAAGAAGCUUCCUGUGCAUCUUCAGCUAGUGAUAAAGAAAAUAAAGAGUCUCCUAAGCCUGCAGAAUACCCUAACAUCACAGAGUUGUGUGGCUAUUUGUAUCGUGGAGAGAAACCUGGAGGAUUGGAUCCUGCGCUACUGGCGGCUGUUGCGGUAGCGACAUCAGAAAAUUCGGACGAAUAUAGGCCUAGUCCGGAACAUGUUCUGGAGACACCCGGAGUUAGCGAUAACCCCGUCUACCUGGUACCCACCUCGAACCGACCACAUAGCUCACCUUCGCCGCAGGAAGAGGAGGAUGCACGGGAGACGAUAAGCCUGCCUCCGAGGAAAAGGUCCAAGGCGAUCCUCAAGUCAAUGGAAAGAGAAGAAGCUCCACCGGUGAGGUAUUCGGUGAUACAUUAUGCCAAGGCGUCUUAAGAAAGUAUUACAGGUCACAACCAGCACUGCCGUCAUGAUCCAGGACUCCAGGAUUAUCUGUGAUACAAGUAGUACCUUUUUACACGCCUCUUUAAAUAUAUAUAGUUUUAUCAUGUAUUUAAAAAUAUCUUUUGUAUAUUACUAUUAGUCGUGAAAAUUAUUUCGGUUUUUAUUAACGGUGUAUAUAACUAUUAUGUACUAUGUGCAAUAUUUUUGGAAGUGAUACCAGAUAUGAUUCUGAGAAAUGUAUUGAAGGAGUACUUCCUAUUUCAUUUAUAUUAAUUAAAGUGCUAGGUGUACUGUUAUGUUAAAUCAUGUAUCUGAAUUUAAACGUUCGAUGUGUUAUAAUGUUAACUUAUUAUAAUGCCAACAACAUUGCUACCUCCUAGAUGUAGUAAGUAAAACUUACAUAAAGUUUAUAUGUAUAUACGAGAGUACGGAAUAUCUCGUUUAUCUGACUACUUAUGUCUUUUUGUUUUAGUUAGAAAAAAGAUUUAUUGUUUAAUACUUUGUGGUUAGGAUUGAAUGAGAUUGGCAAUUCUUAUUAAUGGAUAAGGAUGUGUAAAUCGUUAUUGUAUAUUAGCACUUAUAAUCCUAGAUUAUUUGAUGGAACUGGCACCUCAGUACAGCUAAAGUAUUCGACGCAAAUGCUCGAGGCUAUUAAAUACCCGAAGCUUUGGUCAAUACGAGAUUGUGAAUAGAUUUUUUAGAGAAAUGUUUUAAUCCACAGGAUUGUAGCUUUAUUGCGUUCGUACUGGCUAAUUAUUAUUGUUCUUAAUAAAUGUUUAUAUCUUCUAAGACUGUACGCUAUUUGAUAAUAUACGGAUAGUGUAAUUGACAAAGAGAACUGAUUACAUUAUGUACUGAUUGUCAUUUUUAUUAUAUAAAAAAGUUAUUUCAUAGAAAAAUUUUUUUAAGAAAAUAAAUUAAAUAAAAAUCGUCUUUUAUACCUUUCCCAGCAUUGUAGUUGUUUGUAAUUUUGAAUGUAUGUAUGUGUAAUCUAUAGGUAAAUGCUCGAUCAUAACCUUUGCAGUAGUUUAUUUAAAAGAGUUCAAAAUAGCAUUGCUAAGCAUAUGCUGGUUUUUAUAAGUGUUUUGUAUGACAUUUGAAACCAUUGCCUAUGGUAAUGAUUUUAAUUAUCUUAAAUAUUGAUUAUUGUGUGUACUGCUGAUUAAUUAUAUGAAAUGUUCCUCUCAAUUAUUGAGAACACUCAUUAGUUAAUCCAUAGUUAUCAAAACCUUUUUAAAUGGUAAUUUCAUUUAGCAAUUCAAACUAAUAAUUCCACAAUAAAGUUAAUCAUUAUUUGUUAUUAUA